AACUGGUCAUUGUGAAGACAGACACAUCUGUACCAUGUAGGCUAUAUGGGGAACAGGCAAAUAGGGAAUCAAUAUUCUGGAACAUAAAUACCCAUAACGUAAGCCUUGUGUCUCUGAAGCCGCUUAACGUGUAGGGCAAAGCCUCCCCGCAUCCGCAUCGUGGUUGCAUUUUGCAAGAAUGAGGAAAAGCAUUCUUAUUGGUGAUUCAGUCAGAGAGCAGGGCUACUACAAACGCUAACACAAGAGGGGGGAGCAGGCAGAGAAAAUGAGCAGUGUCUCCAACAUGGAAACUUUUUUCUGGAUAUUAUCUGCUUUAUCAGUAGUUGCUUCUGAAGUGCACGGCGCUAACGUGUGCACCUCUCGAGGGGUUACCACCUGCAGACAGUGCCUGGCCAUCCACCCCAGCUGUGCCUGGUGCCACCAGGAGGUGUUUGGACAGGGGGUCGGUGUGUCCCGCUGUGAUCUGAAGAAGAAUCUGCUGGAUGGGGGGUGCACCGAACAGGGGCUGGAAUUCCCUGUGAGCGGGUUCAGCAUGCAGGAGAACAGGCAACUCAGCGACAAGGCAUACGGGACGGCUGACGAGGUCACCCAGAUCCAACCCCAGAAACUCACCCUGACUCUCCGACCGGAUGAUGCCAUGCGUUUCGAAGUGAAAGUGAAGCAAGCGGAGGACUAUCCUGUCGACUUGUACUACCUGAUGGAUCUCUCCUACUCCAUGAAUGACGACUUGGUCAAACUGCGUGACCUAGGCAACCUCCUGGCUACAGCCAUGGGAAAGACUACCAGCAACCUCCGCAUGGGCUUUGGUGCCUUCGUGGACAAAACGAUGUCCCCAUACAUGUACAUCUACCCUCCGGAGGCAGUGCAGAACCCCUGCUAUAAGAGAACCAAUCGCUGCCGGCCUCAGUUUAGUUACAGGAAUGUGCUGUCCCUGACAGACCAGGUCUCCCGCUUCACCGAGGAGGUGGGGAAGCAGCAGGUGUCUGGUAACAGAGACUCUCCAGAGGGAGGGUUCGAUGCGGUCAUACAGGCAGUGGUCUGCAAGGACAAGAUAGGCUGGCGUGCGGAUGCCAACCACCUGCUGGUGUUCACGUCUGAUGACAAGACACACAGUGCCCUGGAUGGCAGGCUGGCAGGUGUGGUGCAGCCCAACGACGGCCAGUGUCACAUUGACCAGGAAAACCUGUAUGACCUGUCCACAACCCUGGACUACCCAUCUCUGGGACUGAUCUCAGACAAGUUGUCUGAGAACAACAUCAAACUGAUCUUAGCCGUGACCCAAAACGUUGUACCCCUCUACCAGAACUACAGCCAGUUAAUUCCUCUCAGCUAUGUGGGGACUCUGUCGGAUAACUCUGACAACGUGAUCCAGCUCAUCCUGAAUGCCUACGAGAAGUUCCGAUCCAAGGUGGACCUGGAGCUACUGGGUGUCCCAGAUGAGCUGGCCCUGUCGUUCAACGCCACCUGCCUCAACGGGGAGCUGAUCCAGGGUGUUAAGUCCUGCUCCGGACUCAGGACAGGAGACACCGUGUCGUUCAGUGUGGAGGCCAGCCUGCGCGGCUGCCCUAAGGAGAAGACACGCACCUUCAGCAUCAAACCGGCCGGCGUCAAGGACACCCUGGAGGUCACGGUCAACUUCGCCUGCGGCUGCGAAUGCGAGGCCGCGGCUCAGCCCGAGAGCCCUCUCUGUAACCAGGGCAACGGUACCUACCAGUGUGGCGUGUGCCAGUGUCACCCAGGGCGCCUGGGAGGCCGCUGCGAGUGUGCGGAAGGCGACUACAGAACCUCGGACCACGACAACUGCAGCCCGACACCCGGCGACCCCGUCUGCAGCGGGAGGGGAGAGUGCGUGUGCGGUCAGUGCACGUGCCACGCCAGUAGCUUAGGAAAGGUGUGGGGCAAGUACUGCGACUGUGACGACUAUACGUGCCCACGCUUCAACGGGGAAAUCUGCUCAGGCAAUGGCCAGUGCAGCUGUGGCGUCUGCACGUGCAUCAGCGACUGGACGGGGCCGAACUGCAACUGCACCCAGAGGAAGGACACCUGCGGACUGGGCGUCGGGCGGCUUUGCAGCGGCCGGGGCGUGUGCGUGUGCGGCGCCUGUCAGUGCAACCAGCCUGGUGCGUACGGUCGCACCUGCGAGAAGUGUCCGACCUGCCCGGACGCCUGCACCAUGAAGAAGGACUGUGUUGAAUGUAGGCACUUCAAGAGAGGUGGACUCGUUGAGGACAAUAGCUGUGCUACAAUCUGCAGGGAUGAAAUUCAGCAGGUGGAAGAACUAGGCUUCCAUGAGAAGAAUUCGGUGAACUGCACCUAUAAGGACGAGGAUGACUGCGUGGCGCGCUUCCAGUACUACGAGGACGACGACGGCAAGUCCACGCUCUACGUCAUGGAGCUUGACUGUCCUAAAGGACCUGAUAUCUUAGUGGUUCUAAUGGCGGUGGCCGGGGCCAUCUUGUUUCUGGGUCUGGCUGGCCUGCUCAUCUGGAAGCUGUUUGUCACCCUCCACGACGCCAAAGAGUUUGCCAAGUUUCAGGAAGAGAAGGCGAAGGCUAAGUGGGAUACGGGUAACAACCCCUUGUACAAAGGAGCCACUUCCACGUUCACCAAUGUGACAUACCGCGGAAACUCUUGAGGGACUCUGGACCAAUCACAGCCAGAGAAUUCAGGGAUCUAUGAGAGCAGUGCAAUGCAGUCCCAAUGAGACGGACCCUCCGCAUUGUCAUCUGAUAAAGUGUAUUUAUGUUUCAUGUGCAGACUACUGUAUGUUGAUAUCAGUUAGAUUCAAGAAAUUGUAUAUAUUAUGUAAAAAAUAAAAUAACAUGGCCUUAAAACUGUUCUUUACUUUGAUACAGCAGGGCCUCCAGGUGCCCUAUUUUCACCAACAAAUCAUUUAAUUCUUCUUAUAAGGCCUAGUGAAUUUAAGACCAGCCUCUGAGGGAAGGUGUUAGACAUGUCAUUUCUAUGCUCUUUGGUAAUUUCAUACUGAAUGUGAAAAUAUUGACAUUGUACAGAACAUCAUACAGCUCACAGAGCUCUUUUACAAACUGCCUGUAGUGUCUUAUAGAUCCCAGAGUGUUGUGACACUGGUGGAGUGUUGCAAUACAUUUACCAAACGUUUGUAGAAAUGUUUUAAAGGAUACGUUUAUUGUGUGUGUGUAUAUAUAUAUAUAUAUAUACACACACACCAUACCAG